ACAUGGCGUUCGAAUUGAAGUAGAAAGAACGAUGCAAGUGUUUAAUGUGAUAUGAUGAUACAGUAAUUAGUGACAACACUAAUCAAGCAGUGAAAAUGGACACAAGCAUAAGAACACUUCUCGUUUCUGCCCAGAAGCACGCAGGAACAGGGAGGAACCCUUCUCUUACACAAGCUUAUAGCCUCUUGCGGAAUGUUGCUGAAACAAGACCAGCUGUGGAUGCCCCAGAAGCAUUUGGUUGUGACCUGUAUGUUCUCUGCGCUGAGAUCGCCUUCCAAAAUGGCUCGCCAGACAUGGCCAAAGAAUGUCUGAAGAUGUUCUUCAUGAAGCCUCCACCACCAAACCAGUUCCUCUGUCGAGCAUACUUAUGUCAGGCUCAACUCCUUGCACCACAGAAUGCAAACAAUCCAGAAAAAUUAGAGAAAGCUGUCGUGUACCUACUGAAAGCAAUUUCCUUUGCCAAGAAGACAUCAAGAUACCAUUUCCUGGUGUACAAUGCCUCGGUAUUGUACUGGCAGUUUUGUCGUCCAUUCCUUAAGCCCAACUUUCGCCAGUACCUAGCUCGCAGUCUACAUCAGGUGGUCAAAGCUCUGGAUGAUAUUGAAGACAAGGACUAUGAAUGGAGGGCUCAGUUGAUGAUUGCCUUGAUCGAGUGCCACCUGGAUGCAGGAAGGAGAGGGGAUGCCUCCCACAUAGCUACAGCAGCAGCCAGUUUCAUCAAACAGAAUGUCCCAUCACUCUACAAGCAGGUGUUUGGGCUCAUGGUUCGUCAUCAGCUUGUUGAAUCUGCAAAGAUUCAUAAAGAUGUGAAGAAUUCACCAGAGCUUUCCAUCUACUACAAGAUUUGCAAGAUUAAAGUUUCUCUGGACCAGGGGGAGCAGAAAGAGUACUACAGUGAGAUCCAGAGCAUCUUGAACCAGCUAGGUGUUCCUCACUCCACCACUACUGGGCGACUGGCCAGGUAUGACUCAAAGAUAAGUGUGUCCGGUCGUCCACGGUCACCAAGCACAUCGCCCACUGGUAAAGAGGAAGAUGUUCCUAAGGAUAGGAAAAGCCCUGGUAAGGGAGGUCGUCGAACCCCCACUCCCACUACCUCCAAGAAAAUAGCUGUUGAUAGUGCUGAAAAGCCUCAUCUUCUCCUGGAGCUGGGAAGAAUGUGUCUGGAUCUAGACUUUGGUGAACUGGGUGAAGCUUGUGUGGAACAUACCAAGACGUGUGUAGUGAAGGAGCAGGGUUUCUACCUGGAGCUGGAGUUCCUGCAGUGUGAUCUGAUGGUCAAGUGUCUGGGAGAGAAACAGGAAUCUUACCACAAGUCUGCUGUGGAGGUUCGUCAACAAGCCAUCAAGCGUUGUGAGGAGGCCAUUAUGAAUGCUAUCCGACAGGGGGACCCCAACAUCCUCCAGGCUGGAUGUGUGACUCAGUGGAACCUAUGUCUGCCGCUACUCCAGCCAAACCUCAGACAGACUGUGAGGAAACCCCUGACUCUCGUGGCUGAAGCACUGGAAGACAUACAGAGUCUGCUGAUCCUGCUGCGGUGUCAAGUGCACACGGAGCUGGCCAAGUGUGAGGAGGAUCGGGAACAGAUCCAGGUGGCCAUGGAGCACCUCAGGAAGGCCCUGGAGCUGGAUGAUGGUGGUGUGUACCGGGAGAGGCUGGAGGUGGCGCUCCACAGACUGGAGCUGAGGUCGGAGCUGUACAAGGCUCCAGAGAGACCAGAGGACCAGGCUGCCAUGAUCAUAGAACAGGCACGCAUAGCAGAUUCGGAACUAUUAAGUAUGAAGCGGUCACUGUUGGUCAAGGCUGGUGAAGCUCUGGCACCUGAUGCUUUCCUCUUAGUUCUGGACAGUGAGAGUGAUACAAAAGACAUUGCUGGUGGUAAGGGGUCCCCAACUGUUGAGGGUCAUCAGACAGCUGUGUUGUUUUGCAAGUCAUCAGGCAGUUCACCAAGUUGUGUGAAGAAGGCUGAAGGUCAUCUCAAGACUGGGGAUGAGAAUGAGAGGGAGAGGGCCAGAUUGUGGGCGGAUCUUGCUAAGACUGCCAGGAAGCAGGAGGUGUGGGACGUCUGUAGAGUGGCCAGUCGGUUCUGUAUUCUGUACGACGACAGUAGAUGGAGGACUGCGCAACCUGUGAAGACUGAAAGUCCCAAGCAAGAGAGGAGUCGUACAGCAGAGAGGGAGUCCAGAGAUGAGGUCCCCACGGAGAAGACAGGGAGUCGGUUGGGGAGUCGUCCUACAACUCCAAUCAAAGUCAGUCUGUAUGAUAAAGAUCUCAUCAGGAUUCUGGCCGAGGUCAGCUUUAUUCAGGGAGAGGCAAUGGUCCACCUCCUCCGCAAUGAGGGAGUCCAGAUGAAUGACCAGCCAAUACCCCCAGAGGACAAGAGUAAGCAUCCCAAGGGAUAUGUGGCCAAGAAGCCAGAGGAGGACCCAGAAUGGAUUGAGUAUUGUGACUGGAUCAAGUCCCUGUCAGAGUGUGCCACCAACUCCUUCCUCCGUGGCCUCACCCUGGGUGUGGAGCUGGAGGAGCCAUGGCUGGUGUGUAGCGGAGCCGCCUACGUGUGGAACUACAACAACCACGUGUUCACCCAGGACAGACACAGGGAUGUCAUCGACACUCUCUCCACCAUCCUGGACGGCCUCAAGGCAGUGGGACAUGCUGGAGAAACCAUGAUGCUUGUGAACAUCUGUAAUGCCCUGUCUGUCGGCCUCAUCAAGCCUUGGAUCCCUGAGCCUCCCCCUAAAGAGGUUUACGAAGGGUCCUUCUCCCCAACCCCGGGAGACAAGUCUCCCAGCAAGAAUAAAGGGAAGAGUGCAGUCGCCAGCAACAAGAGCAAGACUCCCUACACUGCUACUGUCAGCCCUGAUGCUAUGCCAGAUCUGAAGAAGGCAAUUGAGGUGUGUGAAUAUGUGAUGCAAGUGACCAGGGGAGACAACCCACAGGAUGUAGUGCCGAUCUCUGUUCGCCUACCACUUCUUCAGACCUGGGUGUUCUCGAAACAGAUGGCACAGCUACAGAUCAGCAAGAACCUCGGGGCAGAUGAUGAUCACAACCACGAGGGUCAGAGGCCUAUGACCAGAGCUAUUGUUGCCACGGAAAUGCUGUGUCUGUCUAAGAAUGGGAUAAUGGAGUUCAAGGAGACACCUUUCAUUGGAGAUAUAGUACAAAUGGUUGAGGACUGUAAGUGGAGUGACAAGUUUAUAGAGCUACAGAUCUGGUCUCGACUGACGUACCAGGCCUACCUUAUCAAACAUCAUAACCUUGUCAUGAGAUGCAGCAAACAGGCUCUGAAAUUUGCUGAAGGAGGAACAUCACCAAAGGGAAAGAAAAUUGAGGCCCACAGGUACAUGGUUGAGCAGGAGAUGUUGAGUUACGCCAGUGGCCUUCAGGGUCAGAGUCUCAUAGAGAACAUGGGAGGCAAGAACCAACUCCGCCGAGAAGCCAUGGAAGCCUUCCUCAACAGCUCAAGAUUUGCCCGAAAUGCCAACAACUAUGAGCUUGUAAUGACCGCUGCAAGACAUUACUGGAACGCUUGUCUCCCCUUGGUUGGUCAGCCAAUAGAACGAGAGCUUCUGAAAGAACCAAUCAGAGUCAUCCUUCAGUGUAUCACAGCAACAGCCGAGAAACCACAAAAGAAAGAGGAUAAGAGUGAUGAUAAGGAUGAAGUUCAAGAACAGAAAGAAGUUGAAGUGAAGGACCAAGAGGUCAAGAACAACAAGGAGGUCAAGGACGCCAAGGACAAGAAAGCUGCAAUGAUUGGCAACCCAGAGGAAGACCUGACUUUACGAGCAGCACUGUAUGGAGUUCUGUUCCAGUCAUACGCAGAUAAGGGAGAAUGGGAGAUGGCGCUGCAAUCUAUGGACCAGGCUGUCAAUGAUAUGCCAAGGACAAAACACAGACUACUGAUCUUCAAGCACCGAGUAAUGGUGAAAGCUAAACUGGGCCGGCCUGUUCACAUGGAUAUUCAAAAGUUCAAGGAGGAAGCUGAAAUAUGGAAAGUAUUGAUGGAUGAGAGUGAGGACUAUGUGGCCCACAUGUGGAGACGAGUUGCCCUCAGUUCCAAGGAAACAAUAGAGCAGAUGUCUUCCUACCAGUAUGCAGUGGAAGCUCUCAAUAGCCCCAGCAAUGAGUGGCUGAAGGUGGACUACCUGAUCGAGUUCGGCCAGUGGCUGUAUGUCAACGACUUCCCCCUGCAGGACACUAUUGACCAGAUAGAGUGGGCCAUAGACAUCCUCCUCAACAUCCAGGCUGGUGGUGACAAGCAGGAGGGUGCAGUUGAGAAGGUCCCAACACAGAAAGGUGACUCAAAGAAAGGACAAAUGAAAGCAAAGAGAGAAAAGAAGAAGCCAGGAAAGUCGUCAGCGAAGGGCAAGACUGGUAGAAAGUCGCCCGAUGGAGGGAAGAAGACGUCAGACUCCCUGAGUAAAGUGUCUGAUGUACGCAGUGACAUCAGUGACAGUGACAGCGAGAUCAACCCCGCGGACUACAUCCCUGUUGUCAAACAGGCAGAGAUAGGUGUGCUGCCCGCCAACCCUGCCCUGACCAUCAGUGACCUGACAGACAUUAGUCAGCUUGAUGCCCUGAUCAGGGCCCAUGUCAUCCUGGCAGAUGUCCAUGGAAGGAACUCCCCAGCCUAUGCUGAUAUCUGCCUCAUGGCUCAUGGAUAUUUGAUGCAGCUGUGGAAGGUGUGCAUAGCUGCUGCCGGACCUGUGAUGAAGGAACUGGCCAAGAACCCCCCACCAGAUGCCAGUGCUGCAGCAGGGAAGAAGUCUGCUAAUGCCAAGAAGGACAAGAAGGACAAAGAGGUUCCUAAAGAGAAGCCCAAGAGGAAGGGCCCCCUGGACACUCUGCCUUCUACGACAGAGGAGUGGGCUGUGUAUGAUGUUCCUGAUGAGAUGCUGGAAGCCUUCAAGCAGGAGACAUUGAGUAAGACUGGCAUCACCACUGAAACACUGCAGAAACCAAUGCUGACCCUGGAGUACUUGGAUGCUCUGAUGAAGAUGCUGCAACAGCUAGGCUAUACCCACCUGUCUCUCCCCAUCCUUGCCUUCCAGGAUAUGUUAUCCCGGAGCAUCAUCUCCAACAACGCUUUGCACAUACUGGUGCACGUCAGGAGUAUAGAGGUGUGUCAGCAGCUGGACCUCAAGGCUGGUGUCAGCUUCCAUGACAAGAUCAUCUCACCCAUACAGAUCAGCGAGGAUGACCAAGCUCAGUCCCGUGAGGAGAUCGCCUUCAUGAAAGAAAAGCAGACACAGGUUGCUAGGGAGGAGAUGAGGGUCAAGGCCACACUAGCUCAGCUGGCUAAUGAGUCUCAUGCUCAGAAACGUGGCCACACACCUCGAACACCAGGCUUCACUCUGGAGAAGCUGGAUGAGGUCCAUGAGACAGAAUCCCAUCUGGGUAAAGUUCUGGGAGCUGUCACUUUCCGUGAUAUCUGGGCUGACACAGCAGAGGUUCUGAUCAGACAGGGAUUGUACUCCAGGGCCAGAGAAUUCUUAAAUGAGGCUAUCAUAGCAGCCAAGGAGUUCAAGGACAAGCCUCUGGAAGCCAGGAUUCUGUACCUGCUGGCUAGACUGGCAUAUGAAGAGGCUCAGUAUGGCCAGGCAGUCAACCUGUGUAGGAUGGCACAGGACACACAGAGCGGAGACGAGAUGUUCUGGUACAACACUACUGUGCUGAUUGUGGAAGCUACACUACAGGACUAUGAGAACAGACAGUCCAGGAGAGCUGCCAGGAAAAUCGUUUUACACAGUCUGAAUGAGUUCACCAAGGUGUAUGAAGAGAGACCCAACAGGAUGAGUGUCCUCGGCUACAUCCUGGCUGACCUGGAGGGAAGGUUGGCAAGUGUCCAGGCUGACAUCCUACUCAAAGAACACAAGAAUGUCAACAACCCGGAGAUCAUGAAGGGUGUACUCUCUGCCUGUGAGAAAUUUGAGAAUGCAACAGAGAAGCUGAUUCAACUUCAGUACAGGGAGGAGGCCCUCCCACUGAUGAAGAAACACGCCUCUGUACUACGACAUCUUGCACGAGAAGCGCUGGAGAAAGAUGUGGCGCAUACAUACUACCUUCAGUCUGUCAUGGUAUUGAGGGAAGCAGCAACAUUGGCUGAGGAGGUCUAUUUGGAUGUGCAGACUUUGUUUGGACUUCAGGAGACACGUAACCUGAGCCUGCCAGUCCAGCGGGAGUUUGUGGACAUCCAGAUUGAGCUGGGUGACAUCCUGACGGAGAUCCUGCAUGUUCAGGCUAAGGAGGCUCGUUUACAGCAACUGGAAGAUCAACGCAAGGGAUCAGUGCUCAAGAUGGUAGAAGACCUGAUUCGCCAAACUCCAACCUACACUCACAUGGAGAAGGAGUGGGAGGAUAUCAAACAGAACUGUGCUGAUGAUGCGGUGUCCUGCUUGUUGAGUGCACACAGUCUCUGUGGGAACAUCCCCCGUCUUCGGGCAAGGGCACUGUGUAUUCUAGGCAAGUGUCUGCGUAUCCAGUCACAACAUGCCGGGCCAGACCCCCCUCCACACUGGCUGGUUCAGGAGAUGGACCUGCUGAAGCUGCCCACCGAGGGUGGUGAUGAUGGGCAUGAGGAGGAGGAUGGGAAAGAUGGGCCUGAGCUGCAAGACCGACAUCAUCACAAGUGUGCCAUACUGAUCAAGAAGAUGAAGAGCCAGCAUGCUGUGUCCAAGUACUAUCUGACCCAGGCCACCGAAUGUCUCACACAGUGUCUCAAUCUGUGUCUCACCAACAAAUACACGGACCUAGCAGGUGUGGUCUCCCUGGAACUAGUGGACUGCUGUGGUCAGUUUGAUGCAGCUGCAGCCAGCAACUUCCUGGCUCUUCAUCAGAGCUGUUCUGCCUCCCAGAACAUGCAGAGCAUUCUGGAUCACUCCCAGCUUGACCCUGUGACGUCCCGUCUGGCAGCUCUUCUCCACCAGAGAGAGAACCUGCUGUCUUCAGACAUCAAGACAAACCUGGCUAACAGCCCGCUCAUGGAAUCACUGGAGGCGUCACUGGAACAAGAUUGGCAGGCCUGGAAGAGGAUUGAGGUUCUUCCCAACCACUUAGAGCUGCUUAAGGAAUUCCCUCCCAACUUCAGUUUUGUUGUUUUACAGCAUUCUCCUGAUAAAACCUUCCUGUAUGGUGCACUGCUUGACAAACUAAACAAGCCUGUAGCAGCAGGAGGCAAACCCAACCCUAAACAGAUGGCAGCUGCCAGGGCUGCUGCUGCUGCAGCACCAAGUCGUGCCCGUGUGUUUGGUGUGGACACAAGUCCACGUCAGCUGGAAGAACUGAUAAACAAGUUCCGUCUACACAAGCAGAACUUCCAGCAGAUGUUGCUAAAGCAGGAGUACCAGCGCACUCAGGCAGCGCUCCGCACUCGCAUGUUGGAGAACCUGGAGGAUGGCAUGAAACAGCAGGAGGCUCGGCCCCAGACAGAGGGAGAGUCUGAGAGGGAACAGGAGAGACUUCAGGAUGAGUUCCGAGGUCUGGUUGCCGCCAUGAAUGAGUACCUGAAGCCCAUCAUGGCCCCCAUUGACACAGCACUCAGGUCCCCUCAAAGUCCGCAGAGUGGGGUCAAUCUGACCAAGGACCCCAAGGUGGAGGUACCACCCAGCCAGGAGUGUGUCAUUAUACUGGCUGACCCCAACCUCCUGGAGAUGCCACUGGAAGCUCUGGACUGUCUGAAGGCUGAUGACAUCUACUGUCUGUCAAGAGACUUCUCUCUGCAAGUGUUCUAUCACAGAUUUCAUCAGGAACAGCCAGUAGUUGAAGAAUCAGCAGCAGACAAGAAGAAAAAGAAAGUGGAUACAUCUCCCGUUGUGUCUCGAAUCCCCGGAGCCAGGGAGGCGAAACAGAAACAAGCGAAAAUUAUCCCUCUGGACAGGAAAAUGGAACCAUGGCAACAGCCAGUGGACACGAUGAACUUCAAAUACAUCGUAGAUCCUCAGGUGGACUGUCCAGAGACAGAGGAACACAAGCCAGUGGAACAGUUCAACAAAGUAUUGGAGGAGUACGAACAGCAGUUUACACCGAGAUGGCUUGGACUCACAGGAGAGGAACACACUCCCAGUGUUGGAGAAUGGGAGAUCUACAUGACAGAGAGCAGUGCCUUUGUGUUCUAUGGCAUGGAGAGACUGAUGUCCUACCUGCCUCCAGCAAAACUCUCAGCCCUCAACAUACCAGACUGUCAGCUGGUGUAUCUCCUGGACAUGGCCCAGACCAGCAAGAGCUUCCUCCGCCAGUCCAAAGUUGAUGUGCUCAAGAGUCACAACAAUCUAGCCCUAGAGAAGCCGGUGGAGACUGCUAUGCUGGUGACUAUGUCUGGUGUCAAGUGUCUCAUGGCCAACCAGUGGCACUGCACACUGGCAGAAAACUCCAACAAACUUCAGGUCUCUAUGAAAGAUCUCCUGGAGAAGGGCAGGAGCACUGGGGAGACAGUGCGGCUGUUGUUCUCCCCACAGAAGAGACAGCAGCAGGAAGAGGCUGCAGCAGCAGAGUUGGAGGCAGAGAGUGUUGCAGCAGAGAGUCAGAAGGUGGAGGGAGGAGGCCGGAGAGAAUCAGUUGCCCCAAAGACUGGUAAAGACACUGACAGCAUCAAGGGAGGGAAGAAAGCUUCUCCUCGAACAGAGAGUCGCCCCGAGUCAAAAGAAGAAACCGCUGAAGGAGAUGAAGAUCCAGACAAGGACAAAGAGGAACCGAAAGAGGAGGAAGAACUUGUCAUACAGAGGGACUGGUUCAAUAUGGUCUGUUACGGUCUUCCUAACCUUGUUGUAUCUCAGGUUUAAGCCAGUAAAGUGGAUGAUCUGAUAUUGAUUGUACUUCCUGUUGUGGCAGUAUAACAUGCUUGUUAUGAAGAGGUUCCGCAAGACAGUUAGGAAAGAUGACUUGAGAACUGAGAUUUGUGUCAUAUAUGGAUAUCGCAAUUCGAAAGCACUGUGUUGCUGAAUUUUGAUUAUGAAUUUUUUCCAAUGUGAACAGUCUACAACAUAGCCAUUAGUUCAAAGCUUGAAUCUAAUAAAAUGCUUUUCCAGUUUAAUAGGCUCAUCCAAUGAGAGACUGUAAUUUACUGUAAUUGAUGCUAAGAUCUAUGUUUGGGCUAGUAGCCUCAAAAGCUUUUUACACAGCCUGGAAGAACCUCUUGCAUUUCUACAAACUGGAAAUGAAAAUGAUACUGUUUGGAUUUCACCUGCAUGAUGUACUUUGCUUUGUUCAGUUUGAUCAUUUUGUCAAAACACUUAAUGUGAUGUUGGAGUUGAUAUGAUUAUAUGUUAUAAAGUUGAAAUAUUGGAGCCAUUAUUUUGAGGAUGGGAACAUGUGAAAUAUUUAGUGAUUAUCUAUUCUUUAUAUUCAAGUUCAUAUUGCUUUUGUGUUAUGUAUUGGCAAGUUCUCACAAUGAAAUAAUACAUUCCAUCCCUGUAUCCAAGACAUACUUUGAGUUUCAAGUUUCAUGUUAUUGUUAUAUGCUUGUGAUCAAAUGACUGUGAUAACUAUUUAUAUCAUUUAAUAAACUUAUUUUGA